GAUUGAGUUGAAAAAACUCUCCUAUUUAAACAAGGUCAAUCUUUUUUGGUCAACUUCCCUCUUUUUCCCGAAGAUUUCUUCGCUUUUUUAUGUGCAGCCAUCUGUUGGUGUAGUCACCCGAACUGUCUUGCUCAGAGUUGAAGAUCUUUUUCCGGUAGUGAGUCAAAUAUCAGUUCACUAUCGAUACGUUUCCCAGAAACCUUGGAAAAUUACCGAGAAAUUCAGGGUCUGAGGUUCAAUCACGCCAAACUUCAAGUACCGAUGGUCCUGUAAAAAGUGAAUAAGUUUCUAGGAAAGUGCCAGUUUAAAAUUGGUGGUUAACUAUUGCAAGGAGGUACUAAGCGAAUUUUUUGUUUUUUUGCUGCUGUGAUAAGCUACUCAAUAAGCGAUAAAGAUAUCUUCAUCUCCUCAUAAACGGAUUAUAGAUCUGGAAAAGCUAACCGAAUCAUGUUGGAAAUGUGUUUAUGAUUUAUUAAUAUUCAUCUUGUUUAUUUGUUACGAUUUAUUACAAUAAUAAUUUUGGGUUUAAUCAACUAUCAACCCAUGAAUUCUGAGUUCAAUACCUGUUGCAACAUCAGAUAAAAUAACCAAGUUGAAAAUUUCAAAUAGUGCCGAUUCAAGCCUCGCCACCUUGGUAAGUACUGCUAUGUGCUCUAUGAAACAUUACGGUGGAUCGUACCGAGAUGAUUCCAGUUUUUACAGAUCUUUGGCUGAAAAGAUAUCAGAAAACCUGUUGUACUAUGUCGAUGGCAAACCUAAUUUUCAUAAAAAUGAUAACGGUUGUACUAACAGUGAUCACGUAAAUGAUGUCAAAUUUUCAGCUGAAUCAAUUGUCCCCAAAUUAAAUCUGGAAGAUUAUAAUUUUCCUCCUGACUAUCAACUAAAUGAUGACGAAGAGCUUGAUAAGAUCCAUUUUCUGAUGGAUGAACUGGAAUAUCUAUCAUCUUCAACUAAAACUAUCACUCCACCUGAUAACAUGUCGAUGGCUGUUGAAAAUGAUAAAUUACCAACUUGGCCAAACAUGAAACCGGGAUCUCAGGCUUUUCUUUGUAAUGCCUGUGGAAAAUAUUUCACUUCAUUGAGGGACUUUGAUGAACACGAGAUCAAUAAUCAUCCUAACGUCUUCUGUAGUUUCACUGAGGUACAGUUGGAUCAAUGCAUUCCAGCUAACCUACUGAUGUGGCACCACUUUAGUCCGACCGGGUUGCUCAGAAGCUGCAAGGUUCCUCAAAUAGCCUCUUCAUCAUCUGAGCCCAGUAUUAGAUGUACUAAAUGUCAUAACAAAUUUACUACUGCUGCAGAACUGUAUCAACACAUUAUAGAUUGCUCAUCAACAACGAUUUCCCCAUUUUCAUCAGCAGUUACACCAACUAAGAACAGCAAGAUUUAUAACCUUCCCGUGCAAUCAAAUCCAGCGUUUUCAUCUUCUGCGCUUUCUGUUACUGUUUCAUCGGCCUCACCUUCGUCAAUUUCAACAUCCAUAUCAUCUCCAUCAUCUAUUUCAUCUUCUCUAUCAUCAUCGCCAUCAUCAAAUUCUAAAGCCGUGCCUUCAUUUCUUUCUACCUCAGCUCUUUCAUUAGGCUCAUCCAAGUUGAUCCCACAGUCUUCUACUUCAAUAUCUCCAAUAUCGCCAGCUCGAAAAGGGAAUUCUACCCGUACUGUGAAUAACAAUUUUUCGUCUCCGUCGUUCUUGAACUACAACACACGAUCUUCCAACAAAAGAAAACCUCAAGAGCCAGAAAAUACUACUAAAAGGCGAAAGAUUGCUAGAAAAUUAAAAAAUAGAGACACAUCAAUUGAUGAUACAAAAAGCGAAGAAAAGUCUGCUAUUCAGCCAGCACCUAAUCAAGACUGUACAAAGACUGACACCGACGUUAGCAAUGUUAAUUAUACACCUGUUCAUAGAGUUGUAAGGAGAUUUGCUAUGUUGAAUCGUAGAAUCCGGCGAAGAGCCAGGUAUUUUUGCUUAAACUGUCCAGCUGUUUUUAGUCAUCAUUUAACGUUUGCGAAGCAUCGUAACUCGUGUCUACCUCCUGAAGAGACUGAUAAUCCUGAAGUAAAGACAAUGAAUGAUCCGUCUGAUUCUGCAUCAAGGAGUGCAGAAAAAAAUUUGUCGAAUAAACAAAUCGGUAAAUUGAAACAUAGAAUCGGAGCGCAAAAGAAUGAGAUUAAAAGAAAGCAAAAAGUACCUACAAAAAUUGUAACCCGUCGUGCAAGUCGCCAACUCAAAACAGGUAGAAACAAGGAAGAAGACCCCGAAGGUGGUGUUGAUUUGAAUGUAGGGGAACCGAAUACGAAACCAAAUGCUGCAUUGUCUGCUACUCGAGUCACUGCUCGGAAGAUUGUCAUAAAAUUAAGAGGCAAGGCUGGAUUGAAAUUGAAAAGAGGGCGAGCACAAGUCAAUAGAUUAGGAGAAAGUGAAUCUAAUGCUAUACUUUCCAACCACAAUUCUGAUGCCGAGAAAACUUGUCGAGCUUUGAAAUCCGGUAGAAGACGUAAAAUCAUAAUCAAAAGGCGUCGAAGGAAACAGCAAUCAUUUACUGAAAAUGGCCCAGCAUCUUCAUCUACGUCGACUUUACAUAACCCUCAUCCUAAAGAACCCAUAAAGCAUCGUGUGAUAUUAUCUCGUCGUGAACGCCGCUGUCCAAAUUGCCUUCGUUUGUUCAAAUAUAUGGGUAAUUUUAGGAAACAUGUUCAAGCUGGAUGCUCAGGAAAUGUUAGUCAACAAGUAAACACUGCCAACGAAAAACAGUCAUCAUCCAAUGUAAAAAAUAGUAAAGAUCAAGUCCAAUUCGAUGAAUCAUCAUCACUCAAUAUGCAUGAAGAACAAUCUCCUGCCUCUGAUACCUCAUCUUGCAGUGCAUCUGACCAAGUUGGUAGAUAUUUAUCUCGUCAAAAGUCAUCUGUCAAAACAAGUGACAAAAAAAAUGGUAAAAAAGUAGAUUUAUGGAAAGUUAAGCAAGACUACCCUCAAUAUGCCUUUAAAGGUUCACCUGCUCAAUUUCAUCUCUGUCCUCAUUGUAAGCGAGGAUUCACCUAUCUUGCAAACUUUCGUCGUCAUACAGCUAAUCAAUGUCCCGUUAAGCGUAAAGGUGACGCUGAGAAGCUUUCGGUAGCCGGUACCAGUGCCAAUAAUAGUGAUCAAACAAGUAAAGAGUGGGGUUGUUAAUAUUUUAUCUACCUCAAAUUGUUCAAUCAACCAGGAGGUGAACAACGAUUGUUCCAAUGUACAUAUGAAUGGGAAAAAUCUUUCUACAUCAUCAACAGAAGCAAAUACUCCCAUUGAAUCAUCUGUGAUCGAUCCAACUAAAACCAAGGAGAACAUUACAUCAGAUAACUUACGAACUUUCAGUUGUGGCAUUUGUAAUAGAAUUUAUUGCUCCCUCAUAUCGAUGCUGAAGCAUCAACUAUCUCACAAACUUACAGAUGGUGAUGCUAAUAUUAACAAUACUACCAAUGGUAGCUGUAAAGAAGGCAGCUCUAUGGACAGCGAUAAAGAUAACAAAACCUCUGAAAAUAAUUUAUAAUGAGAGACAAAUCAACUUAUAUCAAAAAAAACU